ACCAGAAAACCUUGUUGUUCACGAACUUUCAUAAAUAUUGCUGKUUUUUGUUUGAAAAUUGAUGCUUUUUUUGAACAAAACAGUUGAGAUGACAUUUCUUACUUAUAAACGAUUAGUUAGCAUGUGAAUCUUUUAAAGUAUAUCCAAUGGUGGUCGAWCAGAUUAAGGAAAAAGUGGUUAUACAAGAUUAGAGAAUUUUUCAAGUUUUUGUCAAUAACUGUAUUAUGGUUUACGAUAUGAAGUCUUCAAGCUCUCCAGUCAGCUCUCCGACAACUCCUACUUCGCCCUCAUCGAAGAAAUCGUUAAAGGAAAAGAUAGCUGGAAUAUAUGAUGGGUUUCUUGAGGGAGGUGAUCCCUCAUUUGGUAAUCCAAAUUUUUGGCACGARCUAUUCUUACUUAAGGUUAAUGCCACUUAUCUGGAAGACAGCAUUGAUGAAAUGAAACUAGAGGAACUACUGGCAGUUAAGGAUAAUAUUAACCUUUUGUUUGCACAAUGCUGUAUUGCACUUCAUGGAGGACACAAGAUCAAGGUGGUCAAUUCAUUACAGACUUUAUGUGCAUUGGUGCAAGCUGUAUUUAGAAAGAAACURGGUGACCAUGGCUUUGAUGCKAUUAAUAUCUUGAUUGGCUUUGAUGCUGCUGAGGCACAAAUGCAGGGUCUUCUUGAGAGUCUGCAUACAUUCAUAGUUGGAGAUUACCCUGUGAGCUUGAAGAACCUUGCUUUAAAACUGGCACUUAUUUUGGUUACUGCAACCGAUAAUGUAAGCCAGAAUACUAUAAUAGAGUACAUCAUGAUAAACAGUGUUUUUGAAGCUAUAACACAGAUUCUUGCCGAUCCAGUUGCUAGGCAACAACAUGGAUAUGAAGCAAUGUUGUUGUUAACUAUUUUGGUAAACUACAGAAAGUAUGAGGCGUCUAACCCUUACAUAGUAAAGUUGUCAAUCCUUGAUGAUGAACUUGCUCUAAAUGGUCUUGGAUGUGUAAUUUCAGCAGCCUUGACUAAUUACAACAGGAAGCACCAUACCAGGCUAGAAAAAGCUGGCGGAGGUUUUAUCAACAGCAUAGCAAGCUUUGUGGGAAGUAUGUUUGUUGCUGAAAAUGAAAACGUUGAAUGUAUCAGGACCAGUAUGCUAAUGCCUUUCUUCAUGAUUCAAACAUGAUGUUUUCAGUUCCACUGCAUAGAGUUCACAUGUACCACAGGAAGCCCGUUAUUGAGAAUGCACCUUCUAAGCCUUUGGCAUGUGCUCUUCUGGAUCUUAUGGUAGAGUUUAUUAUCACCCAUAUGAUGAAAAAACURCCAGCAGAAUUGUACAGCAAGGCACUGGGUGUGAUUCAUAGAAUGCUGUGCUAUCAAAAGCGUUGUAGAGUUCGGUUAUCAUACACAUGGAAAGACCUGUGGUCAUCGUUAAUGAAUCUGUUGAAGUUUAUUCUGUCAAAUGAGACCCAUCUUGUCAAAAUAUGCAAUAUUUUCUCACUGGCUUCACAGGUUGUAAAUAUUUUCAAUCUGUUUAUCACCUACGGAGACACUUUCCUUCCCUGUCCUACUUCGUACGAUGAGUUAUAUUAUGAAGUUAUCAGGGUUCAUCAGAUUUUUGAUAACCUAUAUUCAAUGGCUUUGAGACAUUCAACCAAUGGUGGAGAGUGGAAGGAUGCAGCUAGCAAGCUAUCAGGGUCAUUGGUCAAUGUACGAGCCAUCAUCAAUCAUUUUACACCAAAGAUUGAUUCUUGGGCAGCUGUCAAUCACGUUGCCACCAUGACAACAGAGCAGGU